AUGUCUGAUUUACGUUUGAGAAAACCAGAAACUUUGACAGAUGAAAAAGGUUCGGAAAUUGACAGCGAUGGUAAAGAUUUCGAUUCGGAAGAUGACAAAAGUCCUGAAAAUGUUGCACCUGCAGUGGGUAUUCCUCAGGGUACUGAUAAAGUACCCAUGCUAUUGAAAUCAUUACUUUCUGAAGUACCAGAAAGAUGGAGAAAUUGGAUAAUUCGUGGUAUAUUCACAUGGAUUUUAAUUGCAAUAUUUGGUAUUGUUAUUUAUGGUGGACCUGUAGCUUUAAUGUUGGCUACAUUAAUUGUUCAAGUUAAAUGCUUUCAAGAAAUUAUCGACAUUGGUUAUUUAGUGUAUAGAAUUCAUGGACUCCCAUGGUUCAGAUCAUUGUCUUGGUAUUUUUUGGUCACAUCAAAUUAUUUUUUCUACGGUGAAAGUUUAGUCGAUUUAUUCGGUGUGGCAAGUCGUACUGAUAGUUUAAGGUUCUUGAUUACCUAUCAUCGUUUUAUUUCAUUUAGUCUUUACAUUGUCGGUUUUGUUUGGUUUGUUUUAUCUCUAGUCAAAAAAUAUUACAUGAAACAAUUUUCCUUAUUCGCUUGGACUCAUGUCGCUCUGUUAAUUGUAGUCACACAAAGUUACCUGAUAAUGCAAAAUAUAUUUCAAGGAUUGAUAUGGUUUAUCAUACCUGUCUCGAUGAUCGUGUGCAAUGACGUAUGGGCUUACAUAUUCGGUUUCUUUUUGGGUAAGACUCCUCUUAUUCAACUUUCACCGAAGAAAACAUGGGAAGGAUUUAUUGGGGGAGGUGUUGCCACAAUCAUUUUCGGUCUUUGCGCAUCGUAUUUUCUGUGCCAGUAUCGUUAUUUCGUUUGUCCAAUAGAAUACAGCGAAACCCUUGGUCGCAUGAGCAUGGAUUGCGAACCUGGUCCCCUGUUCAGGCCGACGGAAUAUGCUCUACCUGAAACGUUACACGGAAUACUAUCGCUGUUUCAUUUGAAAAACACGGUAACGAUUUAUCCGUUUCUUUUACAUUCUUUGAGCAUGUCACUAUUCAGUUCCGUCAUCGGACCUUUCGGUGGAUUUUUCGCAAGCGGAUUUAAAAGAGCGUUUAAAAUAAAAGAUUUCGGCGACGUUAUUCCCGGUCACGGUGGCAUAAUGGACAGGUUCGAUUGUCAGUAUCUAAUGGCGACGUUCGUGAACGUUUACAUAUCGUCGUUCAUAAUAAAUUCUGCUUCGCCUCAGAAAAUCCUACAGCAAAUAUACAAUUUGAAACCGGAAGAACAAUUGAUUAUAUUCAACACAUUAAAACAACAAUUGGAAAGUCGAGGAAUACUUGGAUUGACGGUUUAA